AUUGAAUGGGCAUGGGAGCCUUUUCAGUUCGGUCUAUGCGUUUAACACAUACUUUAUUGUCGCACGAAAAAACUCACGUUUUACUUUUAUGGCAUUAUGAACAAUACGCCGAAGAGGAAAACGAUCCACAAGUGAAAGGUGUCGACUGAUUUGAAGUUUCUAUUAACGCUCGUUAGAGUCCCUAAAGAAAAUCAGGGCUCCCUCACACCCGUUUUUCUAACGCAUUGCGAUUUUGUUCGCAUGUAACACCACCCACAAAGGAGGCGUGAUGUGUGCGCGCCCAGCUCGAAUGGGCACAGGGUGCGUUGGGCUGCAGGGGCUGCGCAGCCACGCCGAGCUCAGGAUACCUUUUACCAAGAGAUCCGCAGCCAGGUCAGACGACCGGACCGACAAGGCUCCCAUCCAACAUGCUCGCGCCACUGCGUAGUGCGCUUCAGCUCCUCGGCGCACCUGGCACGUCGCUCGGCACAGUUUUAAGGCGAUCAAUUCCCUCUUUCCUUCUGUUUUGCACUUCACAUCAGGCUGGCAGCCGAGAAGGUCAAUGGGGAGAAUAUGGUGAAUGGCCGAUAACUGCGUCCGUGUGCGCGCACGGAGCAAUGGGCUGCAGAUUUACUUGAAGAAGCACUCACAUGGAGAAGCCAGAGAAGUAUCUCUCGUCGUUGCAAGGGGUGGACUAUGUGCCGGCACCCCUGGGCGAGAUUAUGUGGAACAGCACCGAAACGGAGGCAACAAAGGACGGUGGGAAGGAUGUGCUUGUGCGUACGCUGACGGGCUGUCUGCUGUCGCUGCUCAUCCUCUGGACCCUGCUUGGGAACAUCAUGGUCUGCUCCGCGGUUCUGCGCUUUCGGCACCUGCGGACCAAAGUGACCAACAUUUUCAUCGUCUCUCUGGCUCUGUCGGAUUUAUUCGUGGCUAUCCUGGUGAUGCCAUGGAAAGCUGUGGCAGAAGUGGCGGGGUACUGGCCAUUUGGCACGUUCUGUAACGUCUGGGUAGCUUUCGACAUCAUGUGCUCCACCGCCUCCAUCCUCAACCUCUGCAUCAUCAGCGUCGAUAGAUACUGGGCCAUCUGCAGCCCCUUCCGCUACGAGAGAAAAAUGACCCAGCGAGUGGCCUUUGUUAUGAUAAGCGUAACCUGGACGUUGUCUGUGCUCAUUUCAUUCAUACCAGUCCAGCUAAACUGGCAUAAAGCCAGCGGCGAAGACUCGUCUGGGACGCACAACUCUUCCGCGAGUCCGCAGAUAGACGAGAACUGUGACUCCAGCCUGAGCAGAGAGUAUGCUAUAUCUUCCUCUCUGAUAAGUUUCUAUAUUCCCGUAGCAAUUAUGAUUGUGACGUACACCAGAAUAUACCGGAUUGCACAGAUACAAAUAAGAAGAAUAGCGUCCUUGGAGAGAGCUGCAGAGCACGCGCAAAGUUGCAGGACGAACAGAAUAGAGUGCCAACACCACAACACGUUGAAAACCUCGAUUAAACGGGAAACCAAAGUGUUCAAAACCCUGUCGGUGAUUAUGGGUGUCUUUGUGUGUUGCUGGUUACCUUUCUUCAUCCUAAACUGUAUGGUGCCGUUCUGUGACAGACCGGCCACUGACCGGGACGCGGGUCUGCCCUGCGUCAGCGAGACGACUUUCGACGUCUUCGUGUGGUUCGGCUGGACCAACUCCUCCCUGAACCCCAUCAUUUACGCCUUCAACGCCGAGUUCAGAAAGGCCUUUGCCAGCCUGUUGGGCUGCCGCAAUUUCUGCUCCAACACACCAGUGGAAACUGUUAACAUCAGCAACGAGCUGGUGUCAUACAAUCAAGACACCCAAAUCCACAAGGAAAUCGCGAACGCGUAUGUGAACAUGAUCCCGAACGUGGUUGAAUGUAUUGAGCACGAAGACACUUUUGACAGGAUUUCACAGUUUUCUCACAACCACGAAAACGCCACCGACUCCAUUUGUGACUUAGAGGACUGCGAGGCCGAUAUAAGUCUCGACGCGAUGUCACCGUUCACGCCCAAUGGAUUACGCUGACUCCAAUGCCCCCCACCC